AUGACUCGAAACACAUCCUCAGAAGACUCAAUCAAAACUGCGGACUACCUUUUCACCAGACUCUGCCAGCUGGGCAUUCGUUCUGUGUUUGGUGUUCCGGGUGAUUACAAUCUGCGCCUAUUGGACUUUGUGGAGCCAGCUGGACUACAUUGGGUUGGAAAUUGCAAUGAGUUAAAUGCAGCGUAUGCCGCCGACGGCUACGCGCGAAUCAAUGGACUCGGCGCUCUAAUCACUACCUUUGGUGUUGGCGAACUCUCGGCUCUUAACGGUAUUGCUGGAGCAUAUGCCGAAAAGACCGCCGUCAUUCAUAUUGUGGGCUCACCUGCCCGAAAUAUCCAGCAAUCACGGUCCUUGAUGCAUCACACUUUAGCCGAUGGGGACUACCGUCAUUUUGCUGCCAUCUCGUCCCAUGUGACAACUUCGCAGGUAAACUUGAUGGAUUCUCGCAUGGCUCCUGAAAAGAUUGACUGGGCACUGAAACAAGCCAUCAUUUAUGGUCGACCCGUGUACAUCGAAGUUCCCGACGAUAUGCCCGACGUUUUUGUCUCAGCAUCGGGUCUCAAAAAUCCCAUUGCAAUCCCCUCUGCUCCGCGGGCCAAUCAUGAGUCACAGCUUGAAACCCGAAUUCUCAGUCGGAUGUAUGAAGCUCAACGCCCACUCAUCCUUGUUGAUGGAGAGAGCAGACAUCUCAAAAUCCUCGAGCUGAUCGAUCAAUUGGUCAAAUCGAGCGGUUGGCCAACCUGGACAACAAUCUUCGGAAAGAGCUUGGUUAAUGAACAAUUACCGAAUGUUUACGGUAUUUAUUCCGGUAGUCUAGGCGUUCCAGAGUGGAAGGAUUACGUUGACUCGGCGGAUCUGAUCCUCAACUUCGGACCUCACCACACCGACACAAACUCGCAGUCAUUCAGCACAAUUGCAAGAAAGGAGGUCACUAUCACUUUUUCCGAGAGCACUGUUCAAGUUGACAACGAUGUCUACCGCGAUGUCUCGAGCUCUUUCCUUUCCCGAUUACUGAAAGACAUCGAUUAUGCUCGCCUCUCUAGGCCCACCGAACCUGCAAAGUUAGAUGUUUCCGUACAACCUGAAAUGAGUGAUUUGAUUGUGCAAAAAAGCUUCUGGCAUUAUAUCAAUCUGUUCAUCCACGAAGGUGAUCUCAUCCUAACCGAAACUGGUACCGCGGCACAUGGAGGGCGCAAUUUCAAAUUGCCUCCCAACACGCGCUUGCUUACCGCGGUGACCUGGUUAUCCAUCGGAUAUAUGCUCCCUGCAGCACUAGGUGCCGCUCUUGCCCAGCGGGAGCUGAGAGAAGGGAAUGAUUCUCGUGCGAUCCUAUUCAUAGGUGAUGGAAGCCUGCAAAUGACAGCACAAGAGAUCAGCACCAUCAUCAAGGAGAAGUUAGAUAUUAUUAUCUUCAUCAUUAACAACGCUGGUUAUACUAUCGAGCGCGCUAUACACGGGAGAAACCAGGCAUAUAACGAUAUUAUGCCCUGGAACCAUAGUCACAUUCUCAGCAUGUUUGGGGCAGAUACAAGUCAUGCAGCGAAGAAUAUGUUCUCUGCACGAACCUAUGCUGAGCUUGAAACUGCUUUGACUUCUGAGGAAAUUCAGCGAGGACAUGGUUUGAGAGUCGUUGAAGUUUUCAUGGAACGAGAGGAUGUUCAAGGUGCGUUGUUGAAGUUGUUGAACAAGCAGAUUGCCAGCGAACAAAAUUAG